UCUCCCAGCGCGAUCGCCAACUUUGAAUCUUGAUUUCAACCUCCACAGUUCGAGCUUGCUAGCCUAUUCAUUCAACUCUCUGCACAUACUGCCUCCCUCGCUCUGUUGAAGCUUUGUAUCUCUUCUUCCAAUUGACUUUCGACGCCACCCAAAGACGACGCCCCGCGCACCCAUCGACCGGGUUAUCCCACGUGCCUUGGGACUUUGACACGUAGCUCGAUCAGCACCGCCAACUGUACAUCGCGACCUCGGAUUCUCCGCUACCACGAGCUCUACGGCUUCUUGCCUUGAACACGUACUUCAUCUACGGAACCACUCAGCAAUCAUGAUCCGCUCAACGCAAAUAUCACGGCUGGAUGGCCUCAUGCUCUGCGCCUCCGUGGACGAGGACCAGUCCACGCCCCAGCUCGCCGAGGUCAAGCAACAGACCCGUCAGGUCCUGCGCAAACUCACCCCCCAGUCCGAGCCCCAGGCCUCCAUCGACUGCGGCGCCUCCUACACCCUCCACUACCUCAUCGACAAUUCCAUCAUCUUCCUCACCAUCUGCGACCGCUCGUACCCGCGCAAGCUCGCCUUCACCUACCUCUCCGACCUGGCGCGCGAGUUCACCACGUCCCACUCGCUCCAGCAGAUCCACUCGCCCACGCUGCGGCCAUACGCGUUCAUGGAGUUUGACGGCUUCAUCACAAAGACAAAGGCCGUCUACGCGGACUCGCGGGCGAGCGCCAACCUCGACCAGCUCAACGACGAGCUCAAGGACGUCACCAAGAUCAUGACAAAGAACAUUGAGGAUCUGCUGUACCGCGGCGACAGCCUGGAGCGGAUGGGCGAGAUCAGCAGUCGCCUAAGGGACGACAGCAAAAAGUACAGGAGAGCGGCGGUGCGGAUCAACUGGGAACUUCUGCUCAAGCAGUACGGUCCCUUUGCGGGUCUGGGCUUCAUCAUCCUGCUCUUCAUAUGGCUGAGGUUCUUCUGAGCGGAAGGGGUGGCCUAUAGUUUCAAAAAAGCAAGCGGUAUCAUUUCGCACAUCGGUCUAUGUAAUAAAAUCAUGCAUGGCUCUCUAAACGG